AUGGUUUGGCAACACGGCGACGAGCACGAUAUCCCGGAGAUUUACCAGCGGCACCAUGCCGGCGGCUGGCUACCGGCAGACCACCGCGUGCAGCACGAGUGGCUGAGCAAGACGGUCAAGCACGUCGACAGCAAGUCCAAGCGCGCCGCUCUCGUCCCUGUUCUCCAGGAGUUCAAGGAGUUCAUCGAGACCAACCCGCGCGUCUACAUGUACUUUACAGCCAUGUGGGACGAGGUGCCGCACCGCCGUGUCUACCAGCGCGACCCCACCGGCAGUCGCCAGAUCCGCGACUACAUGCACAUGCUCGACGUGCUCAACCACGUAUUCGGCCGCGCGCCCGAGUGGACCAACGCGGCCCAGAGCGUCGGCAUGGUCGGCGUGCCUCUGUGCGCCAUCUUUGACUACGUCAUGGGCACACCGAGCGGCCACGCGGCGUUCCUCGACCCGGACGUCAACCGCAUGCUGAAAAAGGUGCUCAACGCCUGGGGCAAGUACCUGACGACGCCCGAGUCGGCCGAGGUGCUGGGAGACCACGAGACCGGCUGGUUGGGCAAAGUCGGCUACAAGGACCUGAUGGAGGUCGCCAACGCCCCCUACAAGACAGACCACAAGUUUGAGGACAUGUACAUCUGCGACCCGAGCGCCAAGCACUACGGCUACAAGUCGUGGGACGACUUCUUUACGCGCCACGUCCGCGAAGAAGCCCGCCCCGUCGCCGACCCCGACGACCUGGCCGUCAUCAACAACGCCUGCGAGAGCCGCACGUUCGACGUGGCCCGCAAGGCCAAGCUGCGCGACCGCUUCUGGAUCAAGGGCCAGCCGUACAGCGUGCUCGACAUGCUCGCGCACGACCCGCUGGCGCAGCAGUUCCAGAACGCCACCGUCUACCAGGCGUUCCUGUCGGCCCUGUCGUACCACCGCUGGCACGCGCCCGUGUCGGGCACGGUGAAGCGGGCGUUUGUGCAGGACGGCACCUACUUCAGCGAGCCGCUGUUCGAGGGCGAGGAGGGCCACAGCCACCACGAGAUCGACGCCAAGGGCAUUACCGUGGCCCAGGGCUACCUGACGGCUCUGGCCACGCGCGCCGUCAUUUUCAUCGAGGCCGACAACAAGGACAUUGGCCUGAUGGCGUUUAUCGGCGUCGGCAUGGACGAGGUCAGCACCUGCGAGAUUGGCGUCAAGGAGGGGCAGCACUUCAACAAGGGCGACGAGCUCGGCAUGUUCCACUUUGGCGGCUCGUCGCACGUGCUGCUGUUCCGCGAAGGCGUUCAGAUCGACGGCUUCCCGAAGCCGGGCGCAAACGCCAAUGUACCGGUGCGCAGUGCUCUGGCCAAGGUGACGGGAUACGUCGAGCCGAAGUAG